AGAGGCGGAAGCUGAAAUAACUGGAUCUCCAGAUAUACACAUUGAUGAGGGCUCAACUUUAAGGCUAGAAUGUAAACUAAGAAAAGCCACGGAAAUACCAGAAUUUGUAUUUUGGUAUCAUGACAACAAAAUGGUUAAUUAUGAUACCCAAAAUGGUUUUUUUGUAAAAUCAAAUAUACACAAAGAAACCCCAGUGUUAGAUGCCAAUACGAUGAAAAAUGAUGAAACGCUUGGUAAAGGAAAUAAAACUGCUCAAUCGUUAAAGUUUUUGCAGCCAGUUGGAUAUUCACUACCAACAUCUAUAAGUACUUUGACCAUACAAAAAGUACGUUUUCAUCACGCUGGAAAUUAUACUUGUGCCCCUUCAAAUGCUCGAUCAGCAAGUACAUCGGUUCACGUUCUACAAGAUGAAAAACCAGCUGCUAUGCAACAUUUUAAUCGUACUAUAUGGGAUGGAGAAAUAAACAAUAACAGCAUGAGUACAACUGGAACUACUACUGCGAACAACUCUUUGAACGUCAUACCAAGUAUAUUUUACCUCAAAAUAAUAUUAUUUUGUACAUAUGAGACGUAUGCCAUGAGCAUAAGUAAUCUGCUAUUCAACAUCCUAACAGACGUUAAGUUACAUAAUAUUAAUAGAUGAAGUUUAAUGAAAUUAAAAAUGACAUUGUAAAUUUGUAAGGUUAAAUAAAAUUAUUUCUAAAUAUCA